UCGUUGUUGGCAAAGGGGCCACGACUAAUUUUCUCUCACUUUCGUCUCUGCAACUCUCUCAUGGCGACGACUCCUUUCUCUCCUCCAACACCCGUACGGUGCUCCCUUAAACCCAGCCAAAACCCUCUCCGAAUUGUCCUUUCGUUUCGAGCUUCGUAUGGCGGAGGACCGGUUUGUGCGAAAUGUAUGCCGAGCAGGGUUAAUGUGUGCUCGUGGGGCUCAGCUGCAAGCUACGUCAGGCUUCGGGAUGGUACGGAUAAGUUUUCGGGAAAGCCCAUUAUCACGAGGCAGGUUUUACACAAGAGAGUUGGGGUCGUGAGAGCUGCUACUAUUGAAGAAAUUGAAGCGGAGAAAUCGUUGAUUGAGAAAGAUGUUAAAGAGAGGAUGGAAAAGUCUAUUGAAACUGUGCGAACCAACUUCAACUCCGUUAGGACGGGGAGAGCAAACCCGGCCAUGCUCGACAAGAUAGAGGUGGAAUACUAUGGAAGUCCAGUUAGCUUGAAGAGCAUUGCACAAAUCAGUACUCCUGAUGCAAGUUCUCUCUUGGUUCAGCCAUAUGACAAAUCCAGCUUAAAGGUUAUAGAGAAGGCAAUAGUCAGUUCUGAUCUUGGCAUGACUCCAAACAAUGAUGGUGACGUAAUACGAUUGACCCUCCCACAACUAACAUCAGAAAGAAGGAAGGAAUUGUCAAAAGUUGUGGCGAAACAAACUGAAGAAGGAAAGGUGGCGUUGCGGAAUAUACGAAGAGAUGCUUUAAAAGCCUAUGAAAAACUUGAGAAGGAGAAAAAGCUCUCUGAAGAUAAUGUCAAAGACUUGUCUAGUGAUUUGCAGAAAUUGACAGAUGAGUAUAUGAAGAAGAUUGAAACUCUUUUCAAACAGAAAGAGAAGGAGUUGCUGAAAGUAUAGUGAAUGAGAUGUAAAUGGUGGAGAUUUCCCUGUAGCAACGCCCCCCUUUUUUGUUUGCGGAUAACUUGCAUGUCCAUUUUUGUCUCGCCUGCCUCACAAGUCACAACAUUACCUUUUUGUUUAUAUAAGACGCACCGUUAGUUUUGUAUUACAUGAUCAGAACAGAAUACAAUUACGGGGGGAAAAAAUGGUUCAAAUGGAUUUAUGCUUUUUCACCCCCAAGACUUUGAAUAAUAGAAAGAACUAUAUUCACGUUUCUUAUGA